CUCGAAUAUCUUCGUGCUUGUUCGUCUUGUAUCGUACCCCAACUUGUUUUCUGUUGCGCCCUUCACUAACGCAUCAUUUUGUGCGACUUGUAGCCGACGAAACAACAAGAAGCCUCUUCCCCGACACAACCGUUCUCUUUCCUUUUGCCACAAGCAAUAACUAAAUAUUCGUUGUGACGAGAGACAACGUUGCGGGAAAGACGAAACGAGGGCUCGAUGAUUUUCGCAAACCAUUUUGCCGCUGCCGUAGCUAUAGCCGCAUUGUCCUUCGAUCCUUCCCGUGGUGGUGUGGACGCGGCCGUAAGUACUGAUAACAGGGUGAGAUGCAUUCCUUUUCAAUCACCGCCGGUAUGCGUUGGUGUAGUCUACGUAUCGACCCCGAUGCCUAUGGGUUUCCCAAACGGAACGGUUACUAUGGUCGGUGGAUACUUAUGGGCUUUUGACUUCGUGGAAAGGUUAGAAGAAGGGGAGGAUGACAUGGGAUUGCUCUCCGAUGCCUUGACGGGAUCGGUGCUCGAGGUGGAAAUCGAUGACGACGGCUCCUGCGCCAUCACGUUAGUAGAGCCUGGUGACGAACCCAACGGAGAAAAAGUCUACACCGCGUGCAAUUCGUGCUCUACCGUGUCUUGCUCAAAUACCGACGUUGCCUUCGACUGCUCCAACCUGGAAAACGGCAGGAUUUCUAACCCCGGCGAGUGCGAAAGUCCCAAUGCUCAACCGUUCUUCUAUCCGUUCAACACCGAUGUUAGCGGCGGCGAAACCGAGGCGCCAACGGUCAUAGAAACCAGCUCCGUCGGCGACGAAAGCAGCCUCGAUGACCUGAAGCCCGGAUUCGCAGACCUCUACGAUCCCGCCAAGGCCGCGAUGCCGCCUUCCGGAGAAAAGAACGCGAGCAUGGGAGACAUUGCGGAAGGAUCCUCCUCCUCCGGUGGGUCGACGGCAGAGGUCGAUUCGACAACCAUGCAAAUCCUAGCGUUGUCCGGAAUGGUUGCUGCUAUGAUGAGCCUCUGGAUGUAGCUACAGCGUAUGUGUCUCGCUUCAAGUCGUUCUCUUGAAAGUAUUUCAAGUGCGUCUCGCUUUCCUGUAACCCUAUCAUAAUAAUGAGUAUUGGAAGUACUAACUUUGACUCGGGGGUUGAGGAGCCCCUGUUUAGAAGAAAUGGGACUAAAAUACUACAAGCUUU